CAGUUUAUUUCAUAAAUGUCACUAUAACUGUUAACACAUAAAUUUAUGAUCAUCUAAUUCCUAUUUUCAUCUUUCUCUUUCUGAUGAGAUGUCAUCAUUGGAAGUCACUCACAGAAUGUACUAACAAAGCCAAAUGACACCAGCAUUUCUUCCUUCAGACUAUUUGAACCCUUUUGCAAAUCUCUUCAGACAGAAGCAUUUAAUAAUGAAAUGAUAACAUUUCAAAAUCUGACAGAAGGCUUACCUUACACAGAGAAGCCAGAAUUUCAAAGUCAUGGAUAUAAUUAUGCAAAAGACACCGGUGUAAAGGAAGAUUCAUUUAAGGAAGAAAAUCCAAUGGGAACUAGCACUUCCAUAAAUAAAGACCACCUUGUUUAUGAGUGGGUCAGACAAUCUUCUGGAAGCCCACCUCUAAUCCACUGCAGUGGAGAGACACUGAAAUCUAUGGAAAUGCUACUGGCCAUCAGUACUACCAAGGAAUCUGCCCUCAAACCUAGUCCACCUCAGAUAUUAUGUAAGGAAAAUAUAGCACUUCCUUCAAAAGAAAUACAGAGUUCUGGGUAUACUUCUGAAAUACCAGUCAAUCACCAGAAGGAUGUCACAGUGGAGGGUGUACAGAGUUCCCAAAGUGUCACAGUUUGGUCCCCAGGCAUUUCUUGGUAUCUUAGAGCAUCUUGGGAGAAUUGCCAGAUGCCUGACACAAAGCAAAGCUUGGCAAGCUUAGAACCUUUGGAAGAGGAUAUGGCUUUGAAUGAAGUCUUACAGAAAUUAAAAUAUACUAACAAAAAGCAGCAAACUCUGAUCCAAGGCCUACAGUGUAGUAACAUGCAUUUAGAGAAGAAGGUUGAAGAACUACAGAGGAAGGUUACCAAAUAGCAAGUGUUCAUUGAAGUCAUGAAUGAGCUAAAGAAGAAAUUUGAAGAAUUAAUUCAAGACAAAUACAGGGUAAAACUAGAGAAGAGGGAUACUGACAAGGCAUUGCAGAAUUUGCAUGAAAUUUUAAUCAACACCCCAAAACAUCUUAAGGAAUCUAGGAAUGACAAGGAAACCUUACAGCUAGAGCUUAAGAAGGUCAAGGGCAAUUAUGUUCAUCUACAGGAAAGAUACAUUACUGAAAUCCAACAAAAAAAUGAAACUGUGAGUCAGUGCAUAGAGAUGGACAAAACCUUAAGCAAAAAAGAAAAAGAGAUAGAGCAACUGCAGCCACUCAAAGGAGAGCUGGAAAAGGCCAGCACUUCUGCUUUGGACUUGCUGAAAAGGGAAAGAGAGACCCGAGAACAAGAAUUCCUGUCUUUACAUGAAGAAUUUCAGAAAUGUGAAAAGAAAAACCUGAAAGAAACACAGAAAGUGAAAUCUUGACUUGAGAAAUUGAUCGCUCAAGUAAAAAAUUUGCAAUUCGUAUCUGAAAAUGAAAAGGCUAGGAAUACAAAACUUCAGCAGCAGAUCAAUGAAGCAAAAACUGAAAAUGCAAAACUUCAGCAGGAAGUUGCAAGAAGCAAGGAGCCAAAUUAUAUCCCUACCUUUGAAGCAGCCCAGGUAAAGUAGCACAUAGAGGAGGUUAUGCAGACAGAUGUCACAAUGUAUUCUAAGUUAAAACAUUCUAAUUUGUUCCUGAAUUGCUUACCUUGUGAAGAAGAAAACCUGAAUCUCCCAGAUGUGAAAAGAACUCAGCUGGCUUCCAAUUUUCACAAUCUUCAGGCUCUGAUGGUAGGACUUAUCACAUGCCACAUAAUUUUAGAUCAUGUUGCCGACCAUGUAGAAGAGAGUGAGAAAGGUAUUGAUAUAAUGGUACAAAAAUUGAAGAGCUUCCAUCUUAUAAAGAAAAAUUUAGAUAAAGAGCUACUUAAACACAAAGACAAAAUCACAACCUUAGAGUUAAUUGCUAAUGAAAAGGCAUUUCAAGAUCAGCUUAUUGAGAUUACAGACUUUGAUGUAAAUGAAGCCAAGAACAUCAGAGAUACAGCUAUCUUAUUGGGAGACAAACUGGAAAUCCACAAUCUAAAUGAAAAGCUUGAUUUCUUGGUAAGAAAGAACUUUCAUUGCUUUGCUAUCAUUUUUAUAUAUAACACCAUCUUAUUAAAAAUUUUGAGAAAUUACCAACCUUCAAAAAAUUUGCCCAUUAAAAUGGUCACAUACUGGCAAAAGAGAGUAUUGUUUGCCCACAGAAGUAUAGAAUUGAAGUUUGCAUUUUCAGGUUUUGGAAUUUUCUACAUUGUCCUGAUUUAUGUUUAGACUAAUAAAAUUUUUCUUUCAAAACCCAGAAAUUGACAUUUUUUUCAAUGAAGCACAUUAAAUUGUUGCAUAUGCUACUAUCAUUCUUAUGGCAAUAGUUGUUUGCAACAACAAUGAUUAAGGGGUGCUUUGGGAUAUAACACUCAUGGUUUACUUUGGCAGGCACCUAAAGAUAGACGCAUCAGCACAAAAAAGAAAUUACAAUUAUGUGACUUAAUGGAGGCGUUAGCUAAUGCUCUAGUGGUAAUCACUUUGUGGUAUGUAAGUAUAUCAGAUGAAUAUGCUGUGCACCUUAAACUUAUGCAAUGUUUGUAUCAAUUAUAUCCCAAUAAAGUUGGAAAAAUGCAGGCAGAUAAAACAGGAAACCAUAUUAGAAGAACAUGAAAGUUUGUUCUUGGUAUCCAGAGAGUUACAGUGUUACAAUUCAAUUGGAUCCAUUAUAACGAAAAGUUGAUUAACAAUUCAUUUUUUUUUGAGAGGGCAUCUCU